AAUCCCGCGUCUGUGGUGGGAAUCCAACAAUUUUUUUUAUUUACAUUACAUUUAAAACUGUUCAUUUUUGUAUCAUUGUUAAAAUUUCUCGUAAUUCAUAACUGUUGUUUUUAAUAUAAUUAGCUCGUGCAAUCAUAUACUUCAUCAAAAUUAUUUAUAUUAUGAAACUUAGUGAAUAACAAUCAGAAAAUAUGCCGAAACGUAAAAAGAUUUCAAUUACUUCUGAAGAGAGCAGCAAAGAUGGCAGUGAAAGUUCUAAGAGAAGAAAAAGUGAACUUGAUCCAGUCGAAAUCUGUCAUGAGCUUUAUGAAACAAUCAGAAACCAUCGUACAGAAGAUGGUCGGCUUUUAUGUGAAUCUUUUAUUAGAGCUCCAAAUCGAAGGAGUUUAGCAGAUUAUUAUGAUGUUAUAACUACCCCUAUUGACCUGUUGAAAAUUCAACAGAAAUUAAAAACAGAAGAAUAUAUGGAUGUUAAUCAGUUUGCGUCAGAUAUAGAAUUGAUGGUUAACAAUGCAAAAAGUUAUUAUAAGAAAAGUUCUCAGGAGUAUAGGGAUGCCUGUGAUUUGUGGGAUAUAUUUGUUGAUGCUAAAACUGAUUUGUUAAACAUUGAAGUGCGUAAAGAAGAUGACAAGUCAAGUGAAAUUGAUGAUGAUCGAGGUAGUGAAUGCAGUGAGGAUGAAAGUGUCUAUGAGGAACUUUUUACUACUGUCAUGACAGCGGCAGAUAUGGAAGGGCGUGCUCUCAGCACCAUGUUUCAGUUGCUGCCUUCUAGAACACUAUAUCCUGAGUACUAUAAAGUGAUUCAUGACCCCAUUGAUUUAAAAAUGAUUGCUCAGAGGAUCCAGAACAAUGACUACAGGUCUCUAACUGAAAUGGAAAAGGAUUUGCUUCAGAUGAUUAAGAAUGCUAAGAUUUUCAAUGAACCUGGUUCUCAAAUCUAUAAGGAUGCUGCAACAUUAAGAAAAAUAGUUCUUAUCAAGAAAGCAGAAAUUGAUCAAAGAAAAGCUUAUCCUGCAAAAUCAAGUGAAAGAAUAAGGAACAAACGUCUUGCGGGUGGUCAGAAAUGGUCAUCCAUCAUAGCAGCUUUGAAAUACGAUGCAGCCCCUAAGGUAGAUCUGACUUCAGAGGCUGCGUCCCCAGCAUCGGUGGUAGAGAUUGCUGAUGAAAGUGUAGAUGCAGAGGAUGAGUCGGAUCCAGAAGAUGCUCACAACAACCCGCAGUGGAUGCUAUAUGAGACAGUUAAAAAUUACAUAAACACUCAAGGAUACCAGCUGUCUGAACCUUUCUGGACCUUACCAUCCAGGAGAUCUUAUCCUGAUUAUUACAAAGAAAUUAAGCAGCCUAUGUCGUUAUUCAAGAUAAGAACUAAAAUCAAAACAGGUCAUUAUACUAGUCUAGUUGAUGUGGUAGAUGAUAUGAAUCUUAUGUUUGAAAAUGCCAAAAAGUAUAACCGUCCUGACUCAAAAUUAUUUAAAGAUGCUGUGAAACUGCAGAAAAUAAUGCAAGCAAAGGCCAGGGAACUGAUAAAUCAACAUAUGAAGGACUCUGAAAGUGAUGAAGAUGAAGAUCGUGCAUCAAAACGCAAAGCAAAAAAGCUGGUCCUUAGUCCUUUGCCAGAAAUAAAGAAACAGAGGAGAAGUUUGGAUGGAGAAACUCCAACUAGUUUAAAAAAGAAAGCCAGGGCUCUAUACAGAGCUAUCCAUGAUUAUGUGGAUGAGGAUGGCCGCCCUCUUAUUUCUGUAUUCAUGGAAAAACCUUCCAAGAAAGAUUAUCCCGAUUAUUAUGAAAUCAUUGCUAAUCCAAUAGACAUGAAAACCAUUGAUAGUAAUAUUAAAGCUGAUAAAUAUGUGAAUGAAGAUGGCCUAAUAUCUGAUUUUCGACUGAUGUUUUCUAAUUGUAAGCACUAUAAUGAAGAAGGUUCUCAGAUCUAUCAGGAUGCUGAAACCUUGGAAAGUGUGUUAAACAACAAAAUACAAGAAAUGGGACUGAAUCUUUGCGAAACACCAAAGAUGCGUAUUCCUAUGAAGAGAGUGAUAAAGGACUUUGCUAAAGAAGAGUUGCAAAAAAAUUCAGGCUUGACUGGUAUCAAACAAAAGUUAAAGCAGUUCUAUGAUACAGUAAAAGAGUACACUGAUAAUAGAGGGAGGAAGCUGUCUUUAAUAUUCAACAAGUUGCCAUCUAAAACUGACUAUCCGGAUUACUAUGAAGUAAUCAAAAGACCCAUUGAUUUGGAUAAGAUUGGUGCCAAAUUGAAAUCGGGCCAGUAUGAGACUCUUGAAGACAUGUUAUCAGAUUUUGUGCUGAUGUUUGAUAAUGCCUGCAAAUAUAAUGAACCAGAUUCCCAAAUUUAUAAAGAUGCUUUGACGAUGCAACGGAUGACAUUGCAGACAAAACUUGAAUUAAAUGAAGACACAAACAAUGGAGUACCAGAUGUGAGAGCUUUGGUUCAAGAAUUGCUUACAGACCUUUUUAUUUCAACUUACAAUCAUCAGGAUGAAGAAGGGCGAUGUUUUAGUGACUCCGUGGUUGAAUUUUCUGAAACUGAUGCUGCCUCAACAGAUCCUUCAAAGAAGGUCUUAAAUCUGGAUAUGAUAAAAAGAAAUCUAGACAAGGGAAAAUAUAAGCGUCUAGAUCGUUUUCAGGAAGACAUGUUUGAUGUGUUUGAACAUGUUCGUCACAACAGCCGAACAGAUUCUCAAGUUUUUGAGGAUUCUGUAGAAUUACAAUCUUUUUUCAUCAAACGUAGAGAUGUUCUUUGUAAAAAUGGAGAAGUCCUGCUUUCACCAGCAUUGCAAUAUACAGAGGCAGACUUACAGGCAAGUGUGGAGACACUGCGAGCUCAAAAGUUGCCUAGAGAACAGCAAGAAGCAGAGCUGGAACCUAAACAGGAAAAGGAAGAAACUCGCACAAAUGAAAUAUCUAGUUCAGAUAGUGCAACAUUUCAAACAGAAACUUAUUAUGUUGGUGAUUUUGUUUACAUAGAACCUAGAGAAAAAGGGAUGGAUCCUCAUAUUAUGCAUGUGGAAAAGCUUUGGCGUGAUAAUCUAGGAGAGCAGUGGCUGUAUGGCUGCUGGUUUUACAGACCAAAUGAAACCUUUCACUUGGCGACUCGCAAGUUCCUAGAAAAAGAAGUAUUUAAAAGUGAUAAUUAUAACAGCACUCCCCUGAAUCAAGUAAUUGGGAAGUGCUAUGUCAUGUUUGUGAAAGAUUAUUUCAAAUUCAGACCUCUUGAAUUUGAAUUUAAAGAUGUAUAUGUUUGUGAAUCUAGAUACUCCGCCAAAGCGAAAGCAUUUAAAAAGAUUAAAGUAAGUGACAUUAAAAAAAUAUGGAAUUUUACUGCUAACAUUCAUGUACAUAUCGUCCCUCGAGAAGAACCAGUUGACCCAAUACGUGUUCCAUCUGUGUUUAAAGAUGGAUUUGAAAAACCAAAGGAUGAAAGUAAUGAUGAUGAACCUGAUUUGGAUGUUGUUACAAAGCCCAGACCAAAUUUGGUUUGUGAAGUGCAAAACCCAGAUGAAGGAGCAAUUUAUUAUGAACAGUACACAAUUCCAUCAGGGACAUACAAGCUUGGUGACUGUUGUUAUGUGCGAACAGAGCACAAUAAAUCUCUUAUAGGCAGGAUAGACAGGAUGUGGAUUGACAAAAUGGGCAAUGCUUUCUUCCAUGGGCCGUGGUUUGUGACUCCUCAAGAAGUUCAACAUCCACCAACAAGGCUAUUUUUCCGACAAGAAGUGUUCCUGAGUUCUAUUGAAGACACUAAUCCUUUACUCAGUGUUAUAGGACACUGUGCAGUCCUAGAAUAUAAAGAUUACUGUACAAAGCGCCCAACAGAAGUUCCCGAACAAGAUGUAUAUAUUUGUGAAUCCCGAUACUUAGAAGCUGAAAGACAAAUCAGAAGGCUUUCAAAGGGCUUGCGAAAGAUACCUUUAACUUCAAAUGUCACGGAAGAUGAAUGGUUCUUUUUCCGCAAACCUAUUAAUCCACAAAAGAGUGAAGUCAUUGCAUUACCUGCCAUUCCUAAGAAGAUAUCGACACCCAGCACAUCUGAACUGUCUCCAUUGAUGAAUAGACCAACCAUGGAAACAGAUAAUGAAGAAUCGAAUGAUGUGUCCACACCUAUGACUGUUUCAGAACAAGACACAGCAACACCUAUUCUGUCUUCAGUCAAAAAGAAUUCUAAAAGAAUUGUCACUGGUUACAUUCUUUUUGCUAGUGAAGUACGUAGAUCUGUGAUAGCUGCCAAUCCAGAUCGAUCAUUUGGAGACAUAAGUCGUCUGAUUGGCACAGAAUGGCGCAAUCUACCUGCUUCAAAGAAAGCAGAUUAUGAAGAAAGGGCUCAGAAGCAGAAUGAGGAAACCCAAGCACAGCUAUUGAAUGAAAGCAGUUUACCACAUUCCCCAGCCUCCACACAAGGUUCUGAAAGAAACGAGCACAUUGUUUAUGAGUGUCUAUGGGACGGAUGUGACUACCAGUUUGAAGACCAGACAGAUCUCAUUGAACACUUGGCAGUCGAGCCAGGUGGACAUAUCCAGCAAACCUUUAAGAAUAAGAAUGCUGAAAAGCUGGAAAUUCAGUGUUUGUGGUAUAAUUGUCAGAGGAUAAAGAAAAAUAUCCCACCUUUUCCGAAUGUGGCUCGUCUUAUUCGUCAUGUGAAGGAAGUGCAUUUGAAAACUUCUGCGAAAAACAUUCUUCCUGAAAACAGAAACAGGAAUUAUACUCCCUCUAAGAGAAAUGCUGCCAACAGUAUACUUGGAGCAACAAGCAAUUCCAACUUCCCAACAACCUUUAAAAACGUACCUUUUAAUGGGGGACCUCCGUCUUCCCCCUUUCAACCAGGGAUCACCUACUCCUUCAGUGGAGCCACCACACCGAGGCCAGGUCAAAGUUCUGUGCAACAUGGAAGUAAACCCCUGGAGCCAAUGUUCAUUGCUGCACCACCCAGGACGCAACGUUUGCUGCAUUCCAAUGUAUAUAUAAAGUACAUAGAAGGUCUGCAGGCCGAAUCUAAAUACAUCAGCAACUGGGACUCUCACCUCAAGGCCACUCCAGAAACAACUGUGGUGCCCGACCCUCAGCGCCUUCCCACCCACUGGUUAGGCAACAGCUUUGAGAACCAUGGGUCUGCCCUAAACGCACUGUGGGCUCUGCGGAAUUUCAUGCUAAAAGAUGCGCUUAACAUUUCAAAGAUUCUUUGAUUGUAGCAUCUCUCAUCCUUUAUGUCCUGCAUCACAUCAAAAAACCCAACAUAUUCAAAAACGCAUCUUUAUAGAAAAGACUUUCUUUUUUUAAACUAUAAAGCAUUUAAAGAAAAUAUUUAUUGCAUCUGUCUGUCACAGAUUUUAUAUAUAUUUUUUGUUUUGCUUUUGUUGUUUUCUUCCUAUUGUUUUAAACAAGUCAAAUGUCUUGUUAUCAACUGGAUGUCAACUCUUUGUCAUGUUUUCUAAGCCAUUUACCCUCCAAAAAGGGAAUUUGUUGUACAUCGAGAAGAAAAUAAAGUCAUUUUUCUCUAA